AUGCCCCCAGUUGAGAAGACUUCCGGUGAUAUUACUUCCAUGUUGUUCAAUGGUAUUCAGGCUCAGGAUCAAACUAAGCGCAGCCACAUUUCAUCUGGAAUUGGCGCAACUUGUACUUGGAGUAAAAUUGGUAACUACAUCAAGAUUCCAUGCGUGACCAGCACAUUGACGCACUACUAUAUUGCCCAGUACAAAAACCCUGGUAUUCAUAUGGCCACCUAUAUCACCGCGGAACCUUCGGUCGGAGAGCUGCGAUUCAUUGCUCGCCUAAAUGCUGCUACUCUUCCUAACGGACCGACAGCAUCUAAAAUUGCCGGUUCUUCGAGUACCGUCGAAGGUAGCGAUGUCUUUGUUGUUAGCGGCCAAACUCGUUCGAAGUUUUACUCCUCGCGCCAAUUCAUCGAUGACAAAGUUCACGGAGUCACUGGUUCGAAUAUUGGCGCAUACAUGGUCAUUCCCGGAACUGGCUACGAGUCUUCCUCUGGAGGACCCUUCUUCCGAGAUAUUGACAACCAAAGCGGCGCUCAACAAGAAGUCUAUUUCUAUAUGAACUCGGGCCAUGCUCAGACCGAGUCUUACCGCAUGGGCUUACACGGUCCUUACUUGCUCCAAUUCACCACCGGAGCUGCUCCUUCGGCCGAUAUCAGUUUAGCGUUCUGGGAUGGAAUGGGAGUUACCGGCUGGGUUCCUACCUCUGGCCGCGGAUAUGUAAAAGGAAAAGCAAGUGGUGCACCCUCUGCCUUCGCUAACUUGGUUGUCGUCGGGUGGUCCAACUCCAAUUCACAAUACUGGGCUCGUGCCGAUUCCAGCGGCAACUUCUACUCACCGGCUAUGAAACCAGGAACCUACACUAUGACCAUGUACAAGAGCGAGCUUGCUGUCGCCACUGAAUCUGUUACGGUUACUGCCGGAGGCACUAUCACCAACAACAUUCAGUCUCAGGAAGCCAACCCUACCGUCAUUUGGCAGAUCGGUGAUUUCGACGGAACACCCCGAGGGUUCCUAAAUUCCGAUAUGAUUGAGACCAUGCACCCUUCAGAUCAAAGGAUGCACGAAUGGCUCCGCACUUACACAGUCGGUCAGCAGGAUAUCGGAUAUUUCCCCAUGGCGAUCUUUAAGGAUAUUGGUCCGGUAACCGUGCGUUUCGGACUCAGCAGCUCUCAGCUCGGAGCUCGCACUCUUGAAAUAGGUGUUACCCUUGCAUUCGCCGGUGGACGUCCGCAAGUCACGAUCAAUGGCUGGACUGGACCUGCUCCCCCGGCUCCUAGCCAACCUGACAGCCGUGGCGUAACCCGAGGCACAUGGCGUGGCAAUAACACCCGGUACACCGUUAGCAUUCCUUCUGGUGUCUUGAUUUCGAGUGCAGUAAACGUGAUGACUAUCACCGUUAUCUCAGGUUCUUCUGGAACACAGUACUUGUCCCCGAACGUUGUUGUUGACGCUGUUCGCCUGUACUAA